GUUGGGCCAGACCUAUCCGACGCUUGCGUACUCGGAGUAAGAUGGCGGCGGCGGUGGCUGCCCGGUUAGGCGGUGCUGCUGCUGCGGCCGCUGCCGUGGGGCUCAGCAAGCGUUUGUCAAAGCCGUGAAAAAAUAGCCCAUCGACACCUCGGUCGGAGUGAAAUAACCAAAGUUACAACACGGGAUUCUUUCACAUGAAUUCAUACACCAUUAAGAAACAGCCUUUGCAUCAGUUUAUACAAAGACCAGUUUUCCCACUACCUGCAACCUUAUAUUACACAGUGAGAUACAUGUUUAUUCAAACACAAGAUACUCCAAAUCCCAACAGUUUAAAGUUUAUUCCAGGAAAACCAGUUCUUGAGACAAGGACCAUGGAUUUUCCCACACCAGCUGCAGCAUUUCGCUCCCCCCUGGCUAGGCAGUUAUUUAGGAUUGAAGGAAUAAAAAGUGUCUUCUUUGGACCAGAUUUCAUCACUGUCACAAAGGUAAGUGAAGAAUUAGACUGGAAUUUACUGAAACCAGAUAUUUAUGCAACAAUCAUGGAUUUUUUUGCAUCUGGCUUACCUUUAGUUACUGAGGAAACAUCUUCAGGAGAAGCAGGAUCUGAAGAAGACGAUGAAGUUGUGGCAAUGAUUAAGGAAUUGUUAGAUACUCGAAUACGGCCAACUGUGCAGGAAGAUGGAGGAGAUGUAAUCUAUAAAGGCUUUGAGGAUGGCAUUGUACAGCUGAAACUCCAAGGUUCUUGUACUAGCUGCCCCAGUUCGAUCAUUACUCUGAAAAAUGGAAUUCAGAACAUGCUGCAGUUUUAUAUUCCAGAAGUAGAAGGUGUAGAACAGGUUAUGGAUGAUGAAUCAGAUGAAAAAGAAGCAAACUCACCUUAAAAUAAUUUGAGUUUUCUUUUGGCCCAGUAGUCGGACUUGUUGAUAAUAUUAUAUACCAAGCUUUUAUCUGCUAAGGAACUUGAGGAUAAUAAAAUAGACAAAUAGGCCCUUUCUUUAGAAAUAUAUAAAUAUUGAAUGUUUGUUUUACCUCACGUGAGUUAUUAAUAACAUCCUGAAUCAUCUUCUGUGCACGUGGAUUUUACCCAGGGUAUUUUGAUUUUUGUUUUUCAUUUCUAAUAGUUCCUUCUUUGCAUAAUAUGUGAAGCAGUUAAAAAUACAUCUUCUCCCAUCUAUUAAAUACAGAAGAGUGAGAAUAUCUUUAAAAAUAUGCUAACAUUACUUAGCUUUUUGUGAGAUGUUUGAAACUAUUUUUACUGAAUUUUCACAUUGGUAAAGACAAAAACAACAAUUCUGGCUUAAAAAUGGUGCCUGGCUAGUAGCCGCCAGGGUAACAGCAUGUAACUUCUCAUUAAAAGACAUACAUGCACAUAAAAAUUUACAGUGCUGAAAACUGAUAAAGAACCAAGUUCCAGAAUAUAGACAAAAUAUUCAUUGAUUAUAAGACAGAGCAGGCUGAAUUGAGAAAAACUGCUUUAGCAUGCUCAGGCUUUAUCCUUGGAGCAGAAUCUCUCUGAAAAAAAGGUGAGAAACUGCUUUGGUCCUUCUUCCACUGUCUUCUCCUGACUCAGAGAUAUGUAAUCUGUGUCAUGCCAGAAAUUUGGACAAUUAGAUACUGCUUCUUCAAAUAGCCAAAAUAGCAAGUUAUCCUUCUCUCUCAUUUUUCUGUAGUACUUCAGAGACAGUAGUUCACAGACAAUCUCAGGAAAGGAAAGAUAGUGAAAUAGCAGUGUUACAUUGUAUCCCUGGAAUUCUGGUCCCCAAAGUUUAAAAAAGGGAUGGGAACAGAACUCCAGCAGUGGUGGGUGCUGGGUGGGGAUUGAAGUUUUUAUUUGUGUCCUCUGUUUCACAGAAUUAGACAGCAGAUUUGCAGAAUUUGUUCCCUGAGCUAUUACAGAUGCAUUCAGGUUAGACUGGGAAUUGCUUUGUAACUUAGGCACAUUGCCUGUUCUUUAGCUGAACAUACAGGAAAUUAAGAUGCUGGAGAAGAUUCAGUUAAUGACAAGUUUUGGGUGUGGCCAUGAAAUAAGUGGCCUAGGUGAUUAGGGGUUUAGAUCAUUGGAAGAGAGGAAAUCAUGGACCUGAUACGCCAAGGUAUUGGAUUUUUCCAGAAAAGGGAGCAGCCAUGAAGAACAAGAAGGAAAGAUGAGGAAGAACACUAGACAUACAGAGCAGUAUAAACAGCAGCUGGAAGCUGGGAAAUGUAUUUGGGAACUGCAAGAAGCUAAGUGUGGCUUGAGUGUAAAGAAGUGCUUAGCUGGAAAUGGUACAGAAGUAGGCAGUGGACAGUAUGGAGAGCUGCACGAGCUCUUGGUUGCCUACCCAACACCCUUGCUUCAGAGAGAGGCCCUCAAUUGUCUGAUUGCAAUGUGCCCAGGGAAGGUUGGUCCUAUCUCAUUCCCAGAGGAUAAAUUAUAACUAGUCUAAACCAGUCAUUUCAACUACUUUUCUCUUUGUCAGUCAUUAGUUUAGAUAUGGACAUAUGACCCAGUUCUGGGCAGUGAGUUAUGAGAGAAAGUACUGGUGUGUUUUAGAAAGAUUUUCUUCUCUGAUUGACAGACAGUAAAUCUCUGUAAACAUGGCUCUUUUCUUACCCAUUCCUUUCCUUCCUGCUUGGUACACUGUAGAAUGAAGACUUAAUGUCCAAGGUUAUAGCAGUCAACUUAUAAUUAUGAUGAAAAGCCAAUCCACUCAGAAUGGCAAAGAGCAAGGAAAAAAAGGUCCUGGAUCCUUGAGGACAUUAUUGACCUUUGAACCAGCCUAGGAACCACCCAUUUUCCAAGUGUCAUGUGAGAUAAAAGGUUUCUUGUUAUAGUGACUGUUGUCAGAUACUCUGUCACUCGAAGCUGAUUGCCUUCUAACAAAAGAACCUGGCAGAUCAUAGAUGACUUGGUAAAUAAUUUUGCUGCUUUUUUUAUUUGUAGCAGACAGUGUCAAAUGUUGACCAUAAAAAGAAAUGUAAACAUUUUUUUAAUUGAGCCAUUUUUUCUAUCAAAGAUUGAUUUAGAAGUUGUAGUUAAAUCAGAUAAUGGUUUUUAUUUUUGAAUAUUUAGAUUAUACUUAAUUUUCUCCUGUAUAGUCCCAAAGGAAGAAAGUAAUAAUUUACUAUUAGUUGUGUUUAGCUAAAACAAACAAGUUAACACCCCAAAAUACAUCUUUUUACAUGAAAUAUUCUUGAAGACACUAUAAAUAUAAAACAUUUCAAUAGCUAUUUGAAACUGGCCAAGAGUAAGCCAAGCACUUGGAAGAUUUUUUUACUAACCAAAAUUAGAUGAAGCCCCAUACAAAAUGCUAAGGAGCAAAAUAUACAAAAAUAACAAACUUUCAUUGAGCAUUCACGAUGUGGCAAACACUAUUGUAAGCAUCUUAAAAAAUUUAUGAAGUCAUUUAAUUCUAUGAGAUGCGUAACUGUUAUUGUCCCCAGGAGGCAUGGGAAGAAAAAGUAUGUUCCACUCUCAUAAAAGUGGAAAGUCCAGGAACCAGAACCCUGACAUUAUGGCUGCUGAGCCUGUGCACAUUGUUGCUACACCAUUUUGCCUUGAGGCAAUUGGACCCACCUGCCUCUCCUGAGUAUUCCUACCUAAGGGAGGAGAGAAUUUCCUGCCUUCACUGGUGCUGUUUUCCAGUGGAUAGAAAUGUUUUAUUUGCUCCAGACCAAAAUGGGCCAAAGCAGUGGUAUAUGCAUGUAUGUCCAUUUUUUAAUGCAGGAAUAUGAAGCUAGCUGCUCUCCAGUUAAGUAGGAAUUUAUAUCCCUUCAGGAAAACCCAGUUUUAUACACUAUUGCCCCACAUCAGAGUUAUCUCUAUGAUAAAUCAGUAGGGUGCUUAUAGGUUGUGCACAAAUGACUUUUGUAUCCCCUCAAAGAAAGAGUAUUUUUUCUGUCACCUUCCAUUUCUAGUGAUCUUUCAGCUCUAGGCAGCUCCCUGAGUGGUCCACCUCUAUUCUGGCUCUGAUCACAACCUGCAGCACAGAAAUAGUACAGAGGGCCAGUUAAUCUCAUGAUAUCCAAUUGUUGAUGAUUUCUUUCUAGCAGAACUGGAAAACUCUGCCCCAGGUUCUGCCUACUGGGAGAAUUUGGAGGCACCCUAAAGAGUAGUAGUGGGGAGUGUAUUCUAGUUGGCUUCAGCAUCCUUUGUUCUCAAGCCUGAGGUUUCCUGGUGGGUCAUUCAAGGCCUCUCACCUGAUCAUGGACAUGUGUCUCCUUGGUAUUUCUCCUUCAUUCUUUUAUGACACCUUCCCAUUUCCUUUAAAGAAAAGGGCUCUGUGACUCUGAUGGAACUGUCCAAUCACCGUGGCUUGUCCUCUUUGCCACAGGAGAGGGGCAUAUGUCACACUGGACUGACCAAAAUCCUUGCCUAGAAUAUACAGAAUUGGAAUAUAGGAAUAGCUUUUCCUUCAACUACAAGCUGCUAAGAUGUGAUUUCAGAGCCGUUUGAGGGUCAUUUCCCUGUGCAUUAAGAUAGAGAAUCAGAUUGCUGAUAACAUUGUUUGUGUCUUUAGAUAUAGAUGGGCCUGAAGCUGUAUCCCUGUCCUUUCCAAUUACAUUAGUCAGUAAAUCCCCUUUUUUGGCUA